AUGCUCAUCUUGGGAUUAAAGGGUCCUCCGUGGAAAAGUGUUCAAGAACACGGUAGAUGCAAUUUGGCCGCCUGCCAACCGGCAUUGCGAUUGGAGCAACCUAGUAUGCGGAUAACUCCUGUCCUUGGCUUACGUCGAAUCAUCAACAGUGCCUACCAUCCAUUUCAGACUAUUCCAAAGCCGGACCGAUGGCAUACUCGGGAGCGUCUCAGUCGUUUCACAGCUUGGCAGUAUGCAGGCGUGCGGACUUGUUACAAACAUGGAACUAUUAAACUGAACAAGUUGUUUUGGUACCUUGAUAUGCAACGACAAGACGAGAAAAGGCUGGAGCUGUUUGUAAGUCAUUCUACUGAAAUCGCGGAGCAUUUAGUCAUGAAUACAGCUCAAAGGGCCGGAUCAGAGUGGCUCAGACGUAGAUCUAAGUUGGAG